AUGAAACGCAAUCAUUCAAACAGUGACCGUUUUGAAGAACCUCCCACAAAGUCUAUACACCAGCCUCAACAAGAAACCAUUACUUCCGAAACUAGUGAAACAGAAGAAGAAUAUACAAUUAGAAAAUUUAAUGAAAAUUUUCAUAAUUUUGAACUUGAAUCUCUUGAUGGCCAAGAAGUAAAAUUCGUUAAGGCAGGUAUUACCUCUGCUCUUUAUUAUUUUAAUGGUGGCAAUCAGGAUGAAUGGUGUCAGGUAAAUAAUUUCCCUGAAUUGAAUGCAUUUGCCUCUCAAUGUGCCCAAUAUUGUAGAGGAGGUAUUAGUAAAUGUAUUUAUCAUGUUUUUGUAACAGGGUUAGUGAGAACAGGAAAGACUACUACAGCAAGAUACCUUUUUCCUUAUCUACACUCUGUUCAUUGCUGUAGGAGAAUUAAUAAUUACAUUGGCUAUGAAGUUCAUUAUCUUGAUAUUAGAGAUUUUCCAAAGAAUGAGCAAGAAAGAGAUUACGAUUAUGUGAAUAGAAUUCUUGUAGCUUUGUUGGUGAAGGAGCGAACAUAUACAACUGUCAGCAAGGAAUAUCUCUGCACAAUCCAAUGA